CCCAGUAGAGUGUAAGCUGCCUGGUCCCUCCCCACAGGACCCCUCCUGGACCCCCAGCCAUGAACAAGCAGGCCAGUAAAGAGAGUCUGAAGGACAAGGUAAAGGGGAUGUUUGGUUUGGGAUCCCCUCGACCCCCCAGCAAGCAGACAGAGAGCAAGCCCUCAGAGUUCAUCAUUACACUGGAUAUACUCAAGGAGCUGCACCCUGACUGUGGACUUAGCAACAGAAUCCGGGUUGCUAACCAUGUCUCUGACCUGGCCAAGGCCAAGAAGUUUGAGGAGCAUGCAGUGGAAGCCGUAUGGAAGGCGGUGGAGGACAUGCUGACUCCAGAACAGCCACCUGAAGCUAGACAUGCUGUCCUGCUGCUCCUCAGAGCUGUCAUACAGGGACAGGGUGAGCAUCUGGGUCCUCUGCGGGCCUUCUUCUUCAAGGUGAUCCGAGACUACCAGCCGUCCAAUGAGGACCUGUCUGACAGGCUGGAGGUGUUCAAGGCCCUGACGGAGAACGGGAAGGACAUCACGUACCUGGAGGAGGACAUAGCUGGGUUUGUCCUGCUGUGGAUGGACAUUGGUCUGACCGCUGACUUCCUCCACGUCCUGGUCAACCUGGUCAAGUUCAACAGCUGCUACCUCGACCAGAACGUGUCCGUCAUGGUCCAGAAGAUCUGUCUGCUGUGUAACCGGACAACAGCCUCGACAGACAUUGAGAUGGCUCUACAGGUGCUGGAUGCGGUGGUGUGUUAUAACUGCCUCCCCUCUGACUCCCUCACCGUCUUCAUCAUCACUCUCUGCCGCACCGUCAACGUCAAGGAGUUCUGUGAGUCCUGCUGGAAGUUGAUGAGGAAGGUGUUAGGACUCAUCUGGGCCAUAGCGAUGUGGUGUGCCAACGAGAUGGUGUCGUAUGAGAUCGUUCUGUCCAUCACCAGACUGAUAAAGAAGUAUGGCAAGGAACUCCAGGUGGUCACAUGGGACAUACUGCUGGGGAUCAUAGAGAGGUUACUACAGCAGAUUCAGUCUAUAGGCAGUGCAGAGCUGAAGUCCAUAGUGUUUGAGUUGCUGACUACAGUGGAGGAGCUCCAUGAGCAGAACGGCUUCCAUGGAUCAUCUGACAAGUUCUUCAGUCUGUCUGUGUGA